CCAUCCCCAGCCCCAGCCCCAUCCCCCCGUCCCGUCCCGUCCUGGGCUAGGGGCAACAGUUGCCCCGAAUGGCCAGGGGGCACCCCGCAGUCAAAGUUAAUGUCUCGAGAGAUUCUGCUGCUGCUGCCGGGACGCAAAAUGAAUUUGCUGCUGGGCGUCGUAGUAACAUCUGUUCGGAUGUUAUGGAUGCAUGGGCGAGAGAGAGAGAGAGAGAUUGAGAGAGCGAGUGGGGCCGUCUUGUCGAUGGAUGGAUGGAUGGAGUGCUUGAUCGAUGGAGCGAUUGAUUCGUUGGUUUGUUGGUCGCCUGAUCCAAUGGAAUGGUGCUGGGCAGAGAGGAUUGCUGGAGUGCAUUUGGACUAGUAGUAGGGGGGAGGGGGAAUCCGCAGGAGAAUCCUCCUGGAGGCCUGAAGGCCUGAAGCCCGGAGCGUCUUUGGGGCUGGAAGGCAUAAUAGACGACGACGACGACGCACAGGGAUGGACAGGGAAGCACCUGUUGGGCUUCGGUUGGUGGUAAUAGGAAGCCACCGGUUGGGGAGACAGCAUCAAACCAUGUCUUGAGGGGGCAAAGGGUCUUCUUAACACACAACAACAACAACAACAAACUUAACAUCGCGUGAUUAGCCCAGCCCCCAGCCCCCAGCCAGCCCCCAGCCAGGCCCGCCCCGCCCCGCCCCGCCCAGGCACCAGGAAAUGGAACAUGUGGGUGUCUUGUCUUGAAUCUGGCGGGCAACUUCCGGGCAAUGGUGGCAGCAAGAAGCUCCACUCAUUAGGCAUUAUUACGCGCUCCGUGCGUACAAGCACCCGAAGGACGAGUUGGGCUUCGGAGGAUUAAGAGCCAGAGCGAACCUAAUGGACUGAGUCACUCCGCACGCUAAUAAAGUCGCCGGUACCCAAAUCUGCCAUGCUCAUAAGUGGAUCUUUGGCUGGUUCGCUGGCUCGCUAGCUCCUCGCUGUCCGUCUGCUGAGCUCUAGGGAGGUGGUACUCCAUCCUCCAUUACAGCCGUGUACCGGGGCCUGCCCCAGAGCGGCAGAGAAAGAUCGGGAGCGAGCGAGCGAGCGAGCGAGGGAAGGUUGGGGUUAGGAAGAGCACGCACGAGACGAACAUUUGACGUUUCGGAAUCCAAAGAUAAAUCGAGUGCAGUACAGUGGUACUGGAUUGGAGCAAGCGGAGCGUCCCAACCCUAUAAUGGUGAGUUGUGUAGAUGGGGCUCGUCGUCAUAACAUGAGUGAGUGGCGUGCAUGAUCAACGUGAUUACUUUACAAUUUGUGGUAACCCGGACGCUGCAAGAGCAAGACGAGGAGGACGGGGGCGAGUGCGGUAUCAUGUCGCUCUUGGAGGGUGUCGCAGGUAAUGGUAAAGGCGGCCGGGCCAAUCUGCAAGGCUGUGGAAAGUAGUGACAUAGGCCCUGACCCAAGCAUAUUUCGUUAGCGACACUUCUAAAUGCUGCUAGCUGUCGAUUCGGAUCAUGCGGUGCCCAGAUACUCCUCCAAUUCCAGGCCCUCGUCGCUACGGCGACCCAUCGCAGCGACGCACAUGCUCGCCACAGGAUGCGCGACGAUGCAUCCGUACCAGGCGUAUAUCUAUAUGCAUAAAUAAUUCCGCCAUUGACACCGAACUCGCCCCCAUAUGCCUCGCCAUCCGCCACCAUGCAGAUUGGCGAGAUUAAAAUACAAAUCCAGGACCAUGCAGAUUGGUUGGUAGUGCCUCGCCGGCUCUGAGGCGCGGGUUUAAUACUGCAAGACCAUGUUCGAGGUGCGCAUCCUCUCGCGCUCGAGAUAAGAUCAUGUGGUCGGAAGGAGAAAGGAAUGUGUGAGGCUUCCAGGGCCUCGAGCGCGAGCCAGAUUACUUUCAAUUGCAAAAAAUCGAUUCUUAAUUCGAAACUACAUAUUCCCAAGUUUUGUCUCGUCAUAGCGCCUCAUAGAUGUAUAGCAUAGAUCCUUGCUGGCCGUGCUCAUCUACCGUAGUCUCUGCCUCUGCGGCCAUGUACGCACGAGAGGCGAAGACUCGCAACUUUUGGAUCGGGGCUGGGUUGGGUUUUGUCACGAGUCAACCUAUGGACGACUUUCGGCGUCCCAAAGGGGACUGCCCGCCACUUUCUAUGGC